GUUCAGCACUGGCAACUGCUUUUUCCGUGAAAUGUACUCGAUUUUUAUUUCUGCGCCUGUGUAAUAUUUGUAUCUACUGAGGUUAAACAGGUUAUAAAGUAGGGAUAAUUACAUUUUACCUCUUUGACCAAUUUGACUAUACGUGUAGAAGGGUUUUCCACACUACAAAAUCAUUUAACAAAUUAUCAAAACCAUAAGUACAAUAAUUAUUUAUUAAUUUCAAUCCAUUUGAAAAAUGGCACUGUUUUCGAAUAACCUACGCAAGAUAAUAUCUGUUUCUAACAGUCUAUCCAAACGAUUCAACUUAUCAUCUUCAAUGUUAAAGAAUGUUCAUACAUCUGGUGAAUCAGAAGAAGUUAAACCUACAAUACGAAAAUCACAGGAUAUUAAUCAACUGAAGGAUUUUGGUGCUUAUGUUGCUGAAUGUUUACCAAAAUAUAUUCAAAAAGUGCAAAUUGCAUCUGGAGACGAACUUGAAAUCCUUACUAGUCCUGAUGGCAUUCGUCCAACACUGUCUUUUUUGAAAGAUCAUCAAAAUGCUCAAUAUACUAUCCUUGCUGAUUUAACAGCAUUAGAUGUACCCAGUCGUCCAUAUCGAUUUGAAUUAGUAUACAAUUUACUAUCUAUUCGAUUUAACAGUCGUAUCCGAGUUAAAUCAUAUACAGAUGAAUUAACUCCUGUUGAUUCUGUAGUUUCAAUUUAUAAAGGUGCAAACUGGUAUGAAAGAGAAGUCUGGGAUAUGUUUGGAAUUUAUUUCACUGAUCACCCGGAUCUUCGGCGAAUUUUGACUGAUUAUGGCUUCGAAGGUCAUCCUUUGAGAAAAGAUUUCCCAUUGAGUGGAUUUGUCGAAGUAAGAUAUGAUGAAGAUGUGAAGCGUAUUGUUGUCGAACCAUUGGAGUUAGCUCAAGAAUUCCGUAAAUUUGAACUCACUGCUCCUUGGGAACAAUUCCCUAAUUUUAGAAGUACUCCAUCAACACCUGCAGAACCAGAGAAAGAAAAAAAAUAGUUCAACAAUUAAGUAAAAUAAAAUAUUUAUAGAUUUUGCAUAUAGCGUCGUGUGAAAUUUAUAACAUAUGCACUUCUUACAAUAAUAUAGAAAUCUUAUUUAAUUUUAUGUUAUUUACAUUAUCUUGUAAUCUCGCAAAAUGGGAGUCAUUGAAAUUUUUGUUGUAAAUAAAAUUUAACAAAAGAA